CUUAAAGAGAUGCAAAAAGCGACAUAUAAAAAAAUCCUGAUUAUUCUUAUUAUAUAUUAUAUUUGAAUACAAUUUUCGAAAAAGAAAAAGGGAGAGAUUCUAAAAUAAUCAUUUAUACAAAAUUCACGACUGAGUCGUGUUUGUCCUAUGCACUCUUACGAUAUGUUUGACCAAUAUCACUGGAAUUGACCGUCGAGCUUCUAGACCCCCUUUGAGAAACCUACAUCAAUCAUAACUACGUCUACUGCGCAGUUAAGGUCCGUCGCGUGUACCCUCGAGAGAGAAAACUACGUGACUCUUUUCUGCUACGCUGCUCUUGCGCGAUACCUUUCUUCUCUUUCUCUUUCUCUUUUUCUUACCGAUAAUAUUUCUAACAAUAAAUAUCAUAAGACGAACGAACGUGGACGUCAGAAUGUUUGCACUCGUUGGCGGAGUGGAUGCGUGGGUAUCCGCGUCAGGUGAACGAAUUCCCCAUGCAAUCCGCCUAAUCUUUCGACCGCGACGGAGAUGGCCCACGGGAGUUUCGAAUGGCGAACAUAAAUACCAGAAGAGGACUCGGCCUACUGCCAUUCUAGUCGAGGAAGUCGCGAACGCUGGAUAUUCACCAACAGGUGAACGCCGCAACAGGUAAGAUACUUCGAUAAUCAAUUUACAAAACAGCAAACUCCUCUGCGAUACCAAUAAACUGAUACUAAUAAAUGCAAUUGUGUUUUUACAUCAUUAUUAAAAAUUAAGAUUUAAUAAGAGAUUACUUUUUGAUAUAAAAAAGGAAGUAAGAUAACAAUUAUGUUGACUUAUUAAAAAGUUAUGAUGAUUUUAUUUUUCUCUUAUCUUGACGAUGUAUCUUUCGGUUGGCAAUUAAUUGCGAUUUUGAUAGAAUCACAAGUAUAGAUUUAUCAACUAUUUUAAAUGUAUAAACUUGUAAUAAAGAUCCGCGAAUGUGCUUUUAAAUAGAAUUUUAUCAAUCGGCAUUAAUAAAACGUUAAUAAAUUUUCGAUGAUCUUCUUGCUUCAUUUAUUAUAAUUUUCAUUAUAUUUAAUUAUAAAAUUAUUCUUAUCUACAAAAAUUUUAAUAUAAGGAGUGUCCUAAGAAAUUCGUCAUUAGCUGUAUUAUGAUCUUGUAAUGAAAUGCUCUGUAUACACAUUCUUCUAUGAUAGUUAAUGGAAUUAUAUAGAAAGGGUAAAAUAAAAUUGGAUUUCAUUUCUAUUACAUGAUUGAACAUCGAUACUGUAAUAAACCUGUAUGUCACUUUGUACCAUUAGUUGAAUGGUUAUAAUAAUAGAUGGUAAAAGCAUCUUCUUAUACAUUUGUACAAGUAAAUUUAGAUAAAAAACAUCCCCAAAAUAACAAUAAGAUCGCUGUAAUAAAGCCGCUAUCGACAGAUACUAUUUUCAUAUUAUAUUAAAUAAUUAAAUUAUGACAUUAAUAAGUAAAAUGCAAAAUUUAUAUAAAUAUGAAUUAUCUUUUAGCAAUGAAGAAGAUAUUACUGGCCACUUUACUAUCAAUAGCAAUGUCCGAAAAUAUUCUAAUGGAGAAUUAUCUGAGACCAAAAACAGUAUGGGUUCGCAGCAAACAAUUUGGGAAUAAAAAAAUAAAGCGAGCACUGAACGAAAUUUCUUCCGAAGUGGAAGAAUUCUCAAAUUACGACAACGAAAGACAUCUUCCUCGAAUUUCGAAAACACGGUUCAUUAGCGAUUCCAAGAAAUUGCCCUCGCUAAUGUUUAUGAGGCCGUCUGAUUUGGCGCUGCUUCCGCAAGUUGAACUAUUAUCUUCCGAUAAGCCGAAACUUGAUAGUGCCAAACCGACAGUCUUGAUUUCCAUCGACAUUCAAGAAGGGGAAAACGUUAAUGACAAUUCGCAAAAGGAUUGCUCGAGAAUAAAGAACCAUCGUAAGCAGAAUCAAAAUUGGCAGAUUCAACAACCGUUUUAUGUGGACGAGCCAAGAUGGAUUAAUAUCUAUCCUAACGUGGAUGGUUCAUACGAGCGUCUAAAUAAUGCCGAUCCUUACAUAUUGUCACGAGGAAAAAAAAUUUUUAGAAAGGAUACAGAACAAAUGAAAAAGACGGUUGAAGAUUACGAAUAUCCAAGCAGAAGCAAAAGAUCGUCAAUGAAAAGGCGAGUCAGGAGAUCUGUCGUAAUGAAUGAGAAAUCUCAUAAUAAUACAAUCACUGACAAUCAGGAAGAUCAGAAAAAAGAAAUAAAUUAUUAUAAUUUUGUCCAAGAUACAGAUUUAAAUAAUGUUACAAUAACAAAAAGUCAAGAUGAAAAAUCUUACAAAAUUGACAAAAUCUCUAAAAAUAGACAGAGUGAGAAAGAUUCUACAAGUUUUGUUCAUAAUAUCUUUAUUAAAAAAUAUCAAAAAGAUAAGAUAAAAAAUGUGAUGGAAAGAUUACCAUAUAAAUUCAAGUUUAUAAAGCAAGAUCAAACCUCUGCUAAUGAUGAAAAAAUUAUAAAUUUUGUUGAACAAAAGCAGAACAUACAGCGCGAAGAUAUGUUCAAUCAUAUUGAAAACAACAGCAAAAUCGCGAAAAUUAGUCAAGAUAAAAAAUUUAAUAAUCGGGAGAGUUUUUUUGCUACUAACAUGAAUAAGAGAAAUAAAAGAUCAGUACUACAGAAAAAUAAAGAUUUCUCCGAAAUUCGUAAAAAAUAUAAGACUCAGAAAAUCGACACGAGUUUCGAGAAAAAUGUUAAAAAAAAUGAAAUAGAUGUGUACGAGCAGAUGAAGAAUAAAACUUAUAACGAAAAGCUAAAUGAUUUAGAUAUGUACAACGAUGAUACUUUUAUUUUAGUUAGCAUGAAAAAUCAGCUUAACAACAGAACAGAGAGCUUAAAUAAAAAAGAUAUAGAUCAUAACAAACCCAUCGAAAGACCAUGGAAAAUUCAAUAUUAUGCACAUCGUGAAAAAUUGGAAAGCGAGGAGGAACCAAGAAAUAAGAAGAAUGAGCCAGAAAUUGAUAAGAAUGACAUCGAAGUAGCAGAUUCGCAAUUAACAAACAAGUCUGAUUCGGAAAGUUCAAGAAUAAAAAAUUAUUUCAAUCAUCGAAAAAAGCGUAGUGCUUGCGAGAUCUGCGAGACUGAACCGCAGCUCCAGGAUCAAUGGUUAAAGGAUAUCGAGAGAGAACUUCAAGACUCAAUGUCUUUAGAGCGAAGAAACAAGCAUAGCGAUAUUCUGGAGGACUUAUCGCUACUUCAGCCUUACGUUAUUUCCCGAGGUAAAAAAGCAUUGCACGAAUUCGAGAACGGUAUCUAUUCGAUGUCGCAAUCACGAAACGUGGACGACGCGAAUCGUAUUGAAGUGACGAGUUUCCCAUUAGCGAAAUCUUUCCUGAGAAUGUUAUUAAUGUCCAGUUGUAAUAACUGCAAUAUUAAUGCGAAUCGCUUAUCGAACAAGCGAUCGCCAAGAAAUCAACGCGGUUUCCUUGACGAAAUUUUGACAGCAUAUGAUCCAUACUAUGCAAUCAGAGGAAAACGGAUAGAUAAAUUUUUAACCAAAAUGCAAAAUCAGAAGAACGCCUCAUUAAAAACAGAUGGAGAACAGUAGAUCUUAAAAGACACGUUAAAUGAAAACAUAAUUUCUGACUCCGAUAACGCUCGAUAAAAAAAGGAAGCACAUUGCAAAUAUUUCUCAUUAUAGCUCCCUAGGUACUUGAUUUGAUAUGGCAAUCUGCGCAUUAUUUUCCAAAUGGCAUAUGUAUAUUAAAGCACUAUGAAUUAUAAGACAUGUUUCUUAAUAAUAAAAAUAAAAUUAUCGAAAAGAAAUUGCCUAUGUAAUCUUAGAGCUUUCAAAAUGCAAAACUUAAGAAAUAGAUGUGAAGUUCAGAAAAAUCUAUGUACGCAUUUAAUACGCAAUUAAAUUCAUGCUCAUAUAUAACUUAUUCAUUCGUUUAUAAAUUGGAUUUGUGAUAUAUUUAUCAUAUAUAUUAUAUAUAUCGCCAAAUUGGAAAAAAAUAGACAAAAUAGUGUAUAACGAGAAGGAAAUGAUUUUCAAUUGCGAUGUAUUAAGAGAAUAAAAAUGAAUAUAUAAAUAUUAAAAGUUAACUAGUAUGUAAUUCUAAUAUGUAAUUUAUUUCAUAUCUAUGAAAAGAUAAGUUAAAGAUUAAAGAGGCUUUUGUAAUAUCUUGUGUGUAUGUAUAUUUCGAUUUUUUGACUUGUAAUUAAUGUAUCUAUAGAUUUAUACUAUUAUUUCUGCAAUAAUAAAUUACAGAACUGACAGUUGCAUAUCUCUCGAAUAUUUAUAAACAAUAAUAUACUACUUAGAGAAAGCAAAAAUAUUAAAUUGCAGGUAAAUAUGUAAUACUUCACUACAUAUAUUUUUAUGUUAUGUAUUUAUGUAAAAUAUUCUUAUUUUAUAUAUUAAAAAAUCAUAUUAUUUUUUUCUAUAUUUUCUUUAUUAUUAUCGUAGAAUAUAACCUACAAAGCACAUCAAUUACUAAAAAGCAUUCCGUUACUUUAUAAGUAUUGUAAAGAAUACUUUAUUUUUCGACAAACAUUCUAUGUACGUGUGUCACAAUAACGAUUAUUUAUAAGAAAACAUAAAAAACA